CCGUUUGAAGGAGAAUAGAAAAUAACAAAAUGGAGUUUACUCUUUUUUUAGUCGGACCUGGCUAACCAUAUGUUUUUAAAACCAAAGGGUCAUCUCGUCCCCGCUUAUUAAAUCCCUGCCCAAGACUCGGCUUCCCGAAUCCCAUCCAAGCUUCACAAUUCUUUCUUCUUCAUCACAAUAUCUAAGCUCAAGCCUCAGGGCAUAUCAUGGCAGCUAUCAAGGUCCAUGGAAGCCCUUUAUCAACAGCUACACAGCGAGUUCUGGUUUCCCUCCAUGAGAAAGAGCUGGAGUUUGUGUUCGUUAACAUCAAUAUGGGAGUAGGCGAGCACAAGAAGGAGCCUUUCAUUUCCCUCAAUCCAUUUGGUCAAGUUCCGGCUUUGGAACAUGGAGAUCUCAAGCUCUUUGAAUCAAGGGCAAUUACCCAAUACAUCGCCCACGAGAACCAUGAAAAAGGAACCCAGCUUUUGUGCCAAGGAAAGCAGAUGGCAAUAGUAUCAGUGUGGAUGGAAGUGGAGGCUCAACAAUUUGAACCAGCAGCUUCAAAACUUAACUGGGAAAUAUUUUUUAAGCCAUUAUUUGGGCUGACCACGGAUGCAGCAGCAGUGGAGGAAAACGAAGCUAAGUUGGCUAAGGUUCUUGAUGUCUAUGAGUCACGGCUGGCUCAAUCAAAGUACUUGGCAGGCGACUCCUUCACCUUGGCAGAUAUGCACCACCUACCUAACUUACACUUGCUGUUCGUCACACAAAGCAAAAAGUUGAUUGAAUCACGGCCCCAUGUUAGCGCAUGGGCAGCUGAUAUCACCGCAAGGCCAGCUUGGGCUAAGGUCCUUGCUAUGCAAAAGAAUUGAGAGCUGCUACUCUAGCUACAGGGAGUUUGGUCAUUUCUCUUGAAUAAUUGAAUAAUUUUUUCCUUUUUUCGUGUGUCUUCUGAUGUGUUUUUGGCAUCAAUCUUCUAUGAGAAGAGUGAUGUUCUUGUCUAUCCUUUCAAAUAAGAGCUUGUCCUAUAUAUCAUGUAUUGUGUUUGUGGCA